UGUAAAAGUGGACAGACUGGGAGCCUAUCAUGCAGCCUGAGCUGAACUGCAGCUCCCACUGUGACUCCCCACUCUGCUCUAUCCACUUGGGAGUCAACAGGCAGGAGGGCCUGGAUGUACUGCAGAGGCUAUGCAGUGUCAGCACGAUAUGGCGUCGGCGUCCACUCUGCUGUCCAAAGAGCAGCUACUUUGUCCCAUCUGUUUGGAUUUGUUCGACCUGCCGGUCUCCACUCCUUGUGGCCAUAACUUCUGCAGGGAGUGCAUACAGGGCUACUGGCAGAGUGCUAAGCUGUCACAGUGUCCCAUGUGCAAGCAGAGGUACCUCAAGAGGCCGGAGCUCAAAGUUAACACCUUCAUUUCUGAGGUGGCCUCACAGUUCAAGCGAUCACUUGAAACGACGGACAGCAGUGAGGGAGAGCGCAGUUUGGACCAGAAUCUUUCAUGUGAUGUGUGUGUUGGGAAAAAAAGUGUCAAGGCUGUUAAAUCGUGUCUGGACUGUUUGGCCUCUUUCUGUGAGACCCACCUGGAGCCCCAUCACGUUCUUGGCACUUUAAAAAAGCACCGCAUCAUAAAUCCCACGAUGAACAUGCAGGAGAGAGUGUGUAAGAAGCACGAGAAGCUCUUGGACCUGCACUGCCGCACGGAUCAGGAGUACGUUUGUCAGCUGUGUAUGAAGAGAGACCACAAGGCUCAUCACACCGUUCCUGUGAAGGAGGAGAGCCGAGACAAGAGAGCUCAGAUAAGAAGGUUACACGAAGAGGUAGAAACAGUGAUCCGCAGUCGAGCGCAGGUCAUCGCCAAAAUCAAUCAGACCGUGAAGGUCAGCAGAGGGAACACAGAAAGAGAGCUUGAGGAGAGCUUGCAGAUCUUCAAUAAACUGCUGCAUCAUAUCCACAGAGGGCAGGCUGAAGUGUUAGAGCUGAUCAGUGAGAAGCAGAGACAAGUGGAGACCAGAGCCGGCAAAGUCAUCAGUGAGCUGCAGCAGGACAUCGAUGAGCUGAGGCAGAAGAGCACGAAACUGCAGCAGCUUCUGAACAGCGAAGAUGACUUUUACCUCCUCAAGUGUUUCCCAGCUUUAUCCUCUCCACCAGCUGCCAAGGACCGGACGCAGAGCGCUGUAGAAUGCGCUUUGUUUGUGGGGACGGUGAGGAGAGCGGUCAGGAGAGUAUCCUCACAGCUGGAGGAGACGGCCAAGACAGAGGUGAAGAGGUUGUGUGAGAAGGAAUUUCACAGGGCUCAGCAGUGUUCCGUGGAUGUAACCUUUGACCCGGAUACAGCUCAUCCCAAAUUGGUGCUGUCGGAAAACAAGAAACAGGUGCAUCAUGGUGACGUGUCUGCGGAGCUGCCUCGACGUCCCCUGUCUCCAGUGCUAAGUGCUGUGGUGUGGACGCUGCUCUCUGGUGGCAUCCUGCUGGUGUGCUGCUUCCUUCUCUUCACCCUGCGCUUCAAAAACAACAGGAUAGUGAAGAUGUCCAGUCCAAAUCUGAAUGUCCUGACCCUCGUGGGAAGCCUCCUCACUUACAUCAGUGGAUUCUUGUUUGCCGUUGAUGAAAGAACUCUGUCACAUGUUGGACCUUCUACAUCCCUGAUCCAUGCUCGUGUGUGGACUCUCUGUAUUGGUAGCACUCUGGUAUUUGGACCGAUUUUGGGGAAGACGUGGAGACUGUACAGAGUUUUCACACAGCGACUGCCUGACAAGAGAGUGAUUAUCCGAGACAUUCAGCUGAUGGGCAUGGUGGCCUUGCUGAUCCUAGUUGACCUGCUGGUACUCACUAUCUGGAACCUUUCGGAUCCAGUCAGGUGUUCAAAAUCUGUCGGUGCUGUUGUCAAGGUGGUGGAGAGAAGUAUUUUCUACUCUUUAUCACAGAUGGACUCGUGUUCCUCUGAAUACUCUGAUCUGUGGGCGAUCAUUAUUGCUGUACAGAAGGGUUGUCUCCUUCUCUACGGCACUUACCUGGCUGGGUUGACCAGCAAUGUCAGCCACCCUCCAGUCAACCAGUCCCCAACCAUCAUCACAGCCGUCACUUUGGUCACACUCUCGAUGGCCGUGGUCGUGCCAGUGUCCAUCUUCCUGCAGACCUGGCCUAACCUGGUCUACAGCGUCUUAGCUGGAGCCAUCUUCAUCUGCACAUCAGCUACAAAUUGUAUGCUGUUUGUGCCUCAGAUGAUGCAGUGGCGACAAUUUGAAGAGGAUCAGAACAACCCUGGUCAGAUGGCAAAGUACUUCAGCAGUCCCAGCAAGAGCCAGCCAUCUGUGUACAGCGAUGAUGAGAUCUACUACCUACUGGGAGAGAACAAUUCCAUGAAAAAACUUCUUAAUGAGAAAAAUGCUGUGAUUGACAGUCUCCAGGAGCAGGUGAAGAACGCCAAGGAUAAACUGCUGCGGCUCAUGUCUGCCAGUCAGCGGUGUGAGGACCAGGACAUGGACUCGUCUGCCACCAACCUCAACUCCUCCUCCACUCAGACCACAGAGAUUCAGUCUGAUGGCCCUUCUUCAUCUUCUCUACCUCAUGGAGACAGUAAAUCUCCACCAUCACCUACUCACCACACUGCUGCUGAUGUUUCAUCACCUGUCGUUGCCCUGUGCCACCGCACUCCAGCCAGUAACUCAAACCCUGUCGCUGUUUCAUCGCUUCACUCUGGUGAUUUGCCGCAUGGGUGCAAAUCCAUCAAGAGUGGGUCUAAUCCUGAAACAACUGACAUGGACACAUCUGAAACUAAACCAGGUGAGGAUGUCCAACAGCCUGUCCAAUCCUCUGGAACUCUUAGGACAACUGAUGAGACGGUUAAGUUUGUCAAUUCCCUGCAAAACCGCAGAGGACUGAACCCCUUCAGACUGGAAACUUUGGGGAAUCACAGUGGCUUUACAUCUCACAUGAGGCCGACCGGCUUUGUUAGCAGCGAGCAGUUACAGGAGAUCCUCCACGAGCUUAGUUUGGACGCUGUCAUGGAGAGCUCUCUUCGAUCACCUGGUCAGAGAACCAGACUGUCCUCUCAGAGGAUAUUUCCAGAAGCCUCCACCCUCUCCCCUCGUUCCCUGCGAACACCACGCUCCCCUCAUCCUCCUGCUAUCUUCAAUUACCCCACUAUCUCCCCCUACGCAAUGAGAAAACGACGGCCACCGUUCGGGUCUUCUAGACGAGGCUUAAACCCGUCAUGUUUCUACACUGAAUGCCGACAUACGAAAGAAACCUGUGAAAACCUGAGUCCAGUGAAGAACAACGAUGGGGUCACCGGGCCUGGUGUAGUUCAGAACAAUGACCAGGGGCCUGAGGAGGGUACGACGGAGGAAACAGCAAAGAAUGGAGUUAACUGUCCAACAUGUGUCUCACAAUCUCAUGGAUGUUCAGCGUUACCCUGUGUAGAACACGAUCACAGGGCUCCACCUGUUGCGGGGGCAGCUGGAGACAGUGGACGUCAACCAAGACACUUUAGAGACUCUGACUGUGGAUACUGGGACUCUGACUCCAGCAGCUCCACAGACUACUGUUACUACCACCGCCCGUACUGUGACUCCUGCGUACAGAGGGGGUCGUUCAUCACCUCCGACAGCUCCUCAGACUCCUCAGAUAGUGAAUACGAAGGCUACGCCAGCACGUAUCGCUCCCCACACCCAGUGGUAUUUAAAGAAGACCUCAAGCCCACGUUUGUGUGAACACAACUGACUACAGUUUACAGGUUUACGCUUCUCUAGUAUUACCAUUAGUUUUUCAAAUUUGCAUCUCUGCUGAUAGAUGUUGUGAGUGUAGCUUUGUGCACAUUUGUUCUCUUGAAUCUUUGUUAAUGUAAAAGCAAAGACCUUUUUUACUUUACUAAGACAUUCCAUAGGCGCACUGUGUAGGAUUUAGUCUAUUAAACACCAAAAUGAAAGGGUUUUUUUUGCAUUAUUUUAAAGGCUGAAAUAUGCAUUCAACUAUAUUUGUAAUAUACAUGUAUAUAUACUAUAUGUGUAAGAUAAUACUAAUUCUUUAUUUAUUUUGCUAUUUAUUAGUUUUGGCGCAUUUCCAUUCAUAAAUACACUGUCUAACAUGACUUUAAA